AACGCACCCCAGAAACAUCCAAGUCUGCCGCAGAAAAUAGCGAAGAGGAGGUCCUCGACUUAAACACAGACGAUCUUUGGCGACUGUCGUUGAACGCAUUUGUUAGCAAGCUAGGCUAGUUUGCACCGAGAGUGAAGAGCGCCCACUUCCCCAUCCGGAGAGGAGGCGCAGGGAGCGGCACAAAUAGAAGCUUCUCCAUCGAUCACACUGCCAAGCAAACACCUUCCAUCAAUUUCCAGCCAUGGCAGAAGCUCACCAAGCUGUGGCAUUCCAAUUCACGAUAACACCAGAGGGCAUUGAUCUGCAGCUUUCAUAUCAGGCACUGAACCAGAUCUACCUGUCAGGAGUACGAUCGUGGAAAAAGCGGGUCAGCCGCAUAAGAAACCGAGUGAUCAAGGGCAUGUAUCCAGCCAGUCCUUCAUCCUGGCUGUUUGUUGUCAUUGCUAUCCUGGCCACCAUGUACAUGCGCUCUGAUCCUAGCAUGGGGCUCAUUUCCAAGAUCCAGCAACACCUUCCCCUCAGCCUGUCACUCAGCGCUCAGGGCCAGACGAUGCUUUCGGCGCUGGUUUUCAGCACGCUGCUGUGGCUCUCCCUUAUCCUUGCUCUCAGGUUCUGCCUCAAGCUCCUUCUCUCCUACCACCGGUGGAUGUUUGAGCAGCACGGUCGAGUUUCCAACGCCACCAAAAUCUGGGUGACUCUACUAAGGCUCUUAUCUAGCAGGAAGCCGCUACUAUAUAGCUAUCAAACGUCGCUACCUCAUCUGCCUGUUCCUGCCAUCAAGGACACACUGAGCAGGUACUUGGAGUCAACACGCCCUCUGUUGUCCGACCCUGAAUUCAAACGGAUGAAAACACUGGCCUCAGACUUUGAAUGCAACCUGGGAAAUCGACUCCAACGUUAUUUAAAACUUAAGGCUCUCUGGGCUACAAACUACGUGAGUGACUGGUGGGAGGAAUACAUUUACCUUCGAAGCCGAGGCCCCAUAAUGGUCAACAGUAACUACUAUGGCAUGGACUUCCUGUUUGUGACUCCAACUUCCAUCCAAGCCGCCAGGGCAGGAAACACAAUUAUGGCCAUGCUCCUCUACCGCCGCAAAGUCAACCGAGAGGAACUCAAACCGAGCCGCGUUCCGGGUACUGUUAUCCCUCUGUGUGCAGCCCAGACUGAGAGAAUGUUCAACACAACACGUACUCCGGGAGUUGAGUUUGGUAACACAUGCUUGCUCAUACUUGCGCACACACAAAUUUAUCCAGAGAGAAUGAUCAGUAGAGAUUUAUUUUUUUUCACAGAUGUUCUCCAGCACUGGCUGGAUAGCGAGUUUGUUGCUGUGUAUCACAAGGGACGCUAUUUCCGCUUGUGGGUGUACCGGGCUGGCCGCCUGCUAUCUCCCAGGGAAGUUGAGUAUCAGAUUCAGAGGAUCCUGGAUGACCCUUCUCCUCCACAACCCAGAGAAGACAAAUUAGGAGCCCUCACUGCUGGAGAUAGGAUUCCUUGGUCUCAGGUGCGAACGCAGUACUUCAGCUCCGGCGUCAACAAGCGAUCCUUAGAUGCCAUCGAAAAGGCAGCUUUCUUUGUGACCUUGGAUGAUGAAGAGCAAGGUAUGAGAGGAAACGACCCGGCGGGAAAUUUGGACCGAUACGCCAAGUCGUUGCUUCACGGCAAAUGUUACGACAGGUGGUAUGAUAAAUCAUUUUCGGUGGUGAUCUACCAAAAUGGGAAGAAUGGACUGAACGCUGAACACUCUUGGGCUGAUGCGCCAACCGUGGCUCACCUGUGGGAGUUCACGCUAGCCACGGAUGCCUUCCACCUGGGAUACACUGAGGAUGGCCACUGUAAGGGUGAAGUGGAUCGCUCAUUACCCCACCCCCAGAGGCUUAUCUGGGACAUCACACCAGAGGUUCAUGCCCAAGUGUGUAGCUCUCUUGCUGUUGCCAAGGCUUUGGCUGACGAUGUGGACUGUCACGUGUUCCCCUUCAGAGACUUUGGCAAAGGCCGAAUUAAGAAGCUUCGAGUCAGCCCAGACGCGUUUGUUCAGAUUGCAUUACAGUUGGCGUACUACAGGGAUCGCGGCGGUUUCUGUCUGACUUACGAGGCGUCCAUGACCCGUCUCUUCAGGGAAGGACGGACGGAGACGGUGCGAUCCUGCUCGAAUGAAAGCAGUGCCUUUGUCAAAGCUUUGGAGAGUGGCGAGAGCGAAGAACAAUGUCAGCAACUCUUUCGACUGGCUUCAGAGAAACACCAAAAUCUUUAUCGCUUGGCUAUGACUGGAGCUGGAAUUGAUAGACAUCUCUUCUGCCUGUACAUCGUCUCCAAAUAUUUGGGAGUGGAAUCACCGUUUCUAAAAGAGGUUUUGUCAGAGCCUUGGCGCCUCUCCACAAGUCAGACGCCGGUUCAGCAAAUGGAACUUUUUGACUUGAAGAACCACCCUGAUUUUGUAUCACUCGGCGGAGGAUUUGGACCUGUUGCUGAUGACGGUUACGGCGUUUCUUACAUCAUCGUGGGUGAAGAUAUGAUCAACUUCCAUGUGUCAUCCAAGCAUUCCUUUAAGGAAACUGACUCUCACAGGUUUGGCGCCCAGAUCAAAAAAGCUGUGCAAGACAUCAUGCGUGUCCUCUCUGCUGACACCAAAACUUCUCCAGGUUCCAAAGCCACAUCCCAGAAUCAGCCUAAGAAUUAAAUACACAAUACAAACAUAUAUAAAUAUUGCCCUCACCAACUUCUGGUGAAGAUCCAAUUCUGUAGGUGACACCCCAAAAAAAAAAAAAAAAAGAUGGUGAAUGUUUAAGCCAGUGAUUUUAGAAAUAACGUGACACGUCUCUUUUAAAGGGACAUGUAAACAGAGAAGAUAAAAUUGAAGCAGAUUUGAAUCGCAGUAGGUUUCUGGUGCUUACUUGAAUUAUAUAGCUGUCAGUCUGAAUUACUUUGGCCUUUUUGUGUGCGUGUGCGCACAACAAUUUCUCUUUUCGAGGAUGUGGUUCAAGCGGUUGAAGUGACAGCAAUUCUUUGCGACUGUUGAAAGACUUCCUGGAAAUCACAAAUAUGACCUGACAUCAUGCCAGAGAUGCAAUGUUACUGCAGCUUUAUUUGAUGCUUUUCAAGUGCCAUGCAACACAGACUGCAAAUGUUUUGACUUCACGCUGGACUGAUCAAAUCCAACCAGAUUUUUUUUUUUAUUAUUGUUUGUAUAUGUUUGGUUUAUUUUAGAUGAAGCGGAGACAGUGUUUUAGUGUUCCUUAUUUAAGUCAAUGUAAGAAUGUUGGCUUUAAUUUUGGGCUUUACUACUGUAGCGUGAAAUGUUGAAAAUGGUCAGUCUUAACUCUCGUCAGUGAAUAUGGUACUGUAUUUCCUCAAAACAGUUACCGCCUUUCCGUUUUUUCUAAGUUGCCAAAUGCCAACGGGAACGCGUUGGAGCUUGGAGGGCAUGGAGGGUGAUUUAGAGGCACUUGUGCGUGUUGUAAGAAGUGUGAUGUCAUUGCAAGGCGCCAUGACAAGGAAGUAUUGUAUUUUGUGAAAGGCCCUUUUUAGAAUGACUCCUUUUCUAUUUGGACUAGCUGGGAUGUAUUUGUUAGCCACUGAUAGGAUCUGUCUGAUAAAAAGUCAUAAAACCGAUUAGGGAACAGAUUGUUCGGUAUUAAUUGCGCAAUAUCAUUCAUUGUAAGUUGAGUAAUUGAAUUGGGUUCAAAGUCUUUUUUCAUGUCGGUAUCACUGAUCAUUCAUUUUUCACAUUUUCACCUUCCUGGAAUUGUGUGUUUAAUAGGUACAAAGUAACGAACUACAAGGCUAACAUAAAUGCUUAGAUAUUGUUUAUGACUUAGUUUGGUGGGUUUUUCUUUUUCAUGUACCUGUUGCAUUUGACCUAUAAAUAAUUGAUGUCCUUUGUAUAGGGUUUUGUGUAACUUUAUUUCAUGUUAUUUAAAUGUCCAUUGGUUCCUUUUUGACUUUCAUCUCUUCUUGAUUUUUUUUUAGCAUAUGGUAAUGGAAUGUUGCCUGAAAUAAAAUAAAUCCUUGACCUUACUGUAAAUGUUUA